AUGAACGAACUCAUCGAUGCGCGCUUCGACCGCUUGGAGAAGGCCCUGACAAGUCUCAUAAACUCUAUCCACCAGUAUCAUCCAUCAACAGCCCUUGCGAAAGAUCUCGAUGCCGCCGAUCAGGAACUAGGCCACGGUUUAGAGCAACUGCAAGCUCACCAGAGUAACCACCUGCGUCUAGAGACGCUUCGCCAGACCUCGUCGACUCUCGAUACCCAGAUCAAGACCACCCUGCAGUCCCUGGCGUCCACGCGCAAGGACAUUACCACCACGCAGACAACGACGUUCCCCUCGACACCAAACUACCCCGUCUCCUACGCCGAACUACUCAACUAUGCGCGACGGAUAUCCAAGACCACCAUGCCGCCCGCUGGCAUGGCAAAACAAGACGUGAUUAAGCCUGCCCAGGAAACCAGCAUCGCGCCGACACCGAGUGGUACGCAGUCUCCAGCGGCCACAAUGAACGGCAGGAGCGUGUCCACGCCCUUCGCACCGCCGAGCGCCCCCGCCAAUGCCAACACGUCCCUGCCCGAGAUUGUCACGCAGUAUUUGAAUCCGCUAUCUGGACAGCCCUUUAUUCCCUGGCCGACCGAGAACGCCAUCCGCAACGGCUCCCUGGCGGCGAACCAGAUCCUCGCCGAGAAAGGCAUCGAACCUAGGGGCUACGAUCCGGCCGAGGAAGAGGAACGGAAAAAACGGGAGGAAGAAAGUCGCAAACAGAAGGAAGAGGAAGAGAAGCUCGCUCUCGAGGAACGCGAGCGCAAGAUCCGCGAGCAGAGGGAGCGGCAGUGGAGAGAGGAGCGCGAACGCCGGGCAGCGGCGGAUGCGAGCAGGGAGAAUGGCACGGGGGUGGCCGCGGCUGCGCCUGCGAGGCAGGAACCGAAGCAGUUCCAGUUUGCUAGUUUGGACGAUGACGAUGAUGACGACGAGGAGUAG